AUGAUACUGAACGUUAAUGUUGGAAUUCUGGGUCAUGUUGAUUCGGGCAAAACAAGUCUCUCAAAGGCCUUAAGUACUGUCGCUAGUACGGCCGCUUUUGACAAGAAUCCUCAAAGUCAGAAACGUGGCAUAACCCUCGACUUGGGGUUCUCCUCGUUCACUGUGGAUGGAAACAUACCCUCCCACCUCGCUCCUGCUGAAGCCAUUCAAGUUACGUUGGUUGACUGCCCCGGUCACGCGUCUCUCAUUAGAACAAUAAUUUGUGGCGCCCACAUAAUCGAUUUGAUGCUUCUCGUCGUUGACGUCAAUAAGGGAUUCCAAACACAGACAGCUGAAUGCCUCGUAAUUGGAGAACUAACCUGUGAAGCACUUCUGGUAGUUCUCAACAAAAUUGACCUCAUCCUCCCCGAAAAACGUGACGAGAGAAUAUCUAAGAUGAAGGUGCGUAUCGCGAAGACGCUGGAAUCGACGAAAUUCAAAAAUGCGCCCAUCGUUGCGUUGUCGGCCGUUCAGAGCGAUCGCUUGGCAGAGGGUGAUUUUUCAAGAGGAAUGGAGGAGUUAGUCGAGGCCUUACUCUCAGUCCUUCCUGACCCACGACCAAGGUGCAAGUACCUCUCUAGUCUUCCCUUCUUGUUUGCUGUGGACCACUGCUUUAGCGUAUCCGGUCAAGGCACUGUGCUUACCGGAACCGUCCUUCGCGGUUGUGUUCGUACUAAUGAGACUGUCGAAAUUCCUCAAUAUAAACUCAAGAAAAAAAUCAAAUCAAUGCAGAUGUUUCGAAAACCCAUAGACGCGAUCCAUCCGGGUGAUCGGGCAGGAAUCUGCAUCGCCCAGCUAGAUUCGAGUUUAAUGGAGCGCGGUUUUUUAGCCGCACCGGAUAGUCUGGCGACUUGCCAGGCUUGUCUCCUCUCUGAAGUGCGAAAAAUUGCCUACUUCAAGGGCCCAGUUCGUAGCAAGUCUCGCUUCCAUGUAUCCAUCGGACAAGACACCGUCCUAGCUCGUAUAACCUGUCUGAGGCUUAUUGGUGGGUGUCAGCAGCAAGGGCAAACGAAAGAGGAGUUUGAGUAUGCCGAGGAACUGUCUGAUGAAGGAGAAGAAGUGGGUCAAACAAAUUUGCUCUUGGAAUUCGACACUCCCGUAGUGUCUCCCAUAUCUGGCCUCGUGAUUGGCUCUCGCCUGGAUACCGAUCCUCUCUCACCCUCCUGUCGACUCGCCUUCCACGGGAGUGUGCUGCGCGUCUACUCGUCAGCUGAAGAAUUCCGCACUACUCUGUCGGUUUAUCGUCACAAGUCGAGGCGCGGAGAGGUCGAGCGUGUGACUGACCCGCGUUCCUGCAUUGUGCGGGGCCUUUUCAAACGAGAAACCAACUGGGACAUCUUUACAGGUCUCAAGGUAGAUAUUUGCUCCCCCGAUAAUUCCGUAAGUGUUCCUGGAAUUGUGGAGGGAAGUAACCUCCCGGAGAACAUAGUGAAUCAAUUCGGCGGCAAAUCGGGCAAAAGAUCCGCGAAAGCCAACGACGGCAGUCAAUCCUCCGAGAGAGGCCAGCAACUUCAGGUUAUUCUGAAUUUUAAAAAGCAUGUCUUUGACGCGACCAAGCGCUUUGUCCAGUGA